AUGACCUGGAUCUCACGCUCAAUCACGGCCGUUGGCCUUCUCCUCCUCGGCCAUGCCUGCUACUCGGCCCAAGAGCACUCCGCACUGCAAUCUUUCCGAGCUGCCUCGCCCCUGGCAACGUCUGCCUCGCCAGCCGCCACUUCGCUACCGGCAGAUAUCAACAUUGAGACGGCUGUGGCGACUCUAAUCGUCGUCCUUGGCUUGGUUUUGGGCGCACCAAACCUCCGGCCGAUUGAAUGGCGUGUUUGGGCGGGCAAGAUUGAAAGAGAGGGCGAGAUGGGAUUCAUGACGGGCAGCGGGGAGGUGGAAAAGGACUAUACUGGCAACCCAUUCCGCAUUCUCGAGAGUCGGCCUGGCUUUGCCGAUAUUCGGAAACAGAAGCGAGACUUUACCAACUGGGUGAAGGCUGGGGACAAGGCUGACACCGCGGCCACGUCGGGAUGA